AUGGUUUUAUCCGUCCAAGACAAAGACCAUGGACAACAAAUUGGGAGUGUACGCCAUAUGACACUAUGCAUAAGCGAUCACGUGCAACAUGAUAUUACCGAAGCGCCUUCUUCACAAACUCUCGUGAUAACCCUUCGACUUAAGGAUCUCACGAUGCUUGACAAAAACGAAAAUUCUUCAGCCCCAGACGAUCACUCAGUAGAAAGGACGAUCGAAAUCGCUCGACGUGUCCAACAGGACAGAGAACAGAUAGAACAGGUUGCUGUUCAACUGAUACCUUUGUCAAUCCAAGGAACAUGUUUUUGUGAUCCGUCGUCCACGAAUCUACCAACCAGUUUCGAUUUUUUCGAGGGGUCAUUAUCAUUUACUUGA